GUUCUCGGCACCUCUCGAACCACAUUCGACCGUGUGCCUUUGAAGUGAAAGGAGUUUCUCCGCAAGUCUCCGCAGAGAUUUCAGCAACUGAUUAUCAAAUCAGAAAACUUAUCAAAAAACUAGCCGACCAACAAGCGCCAGAAGAUGAGUGACGAGACUCCUGUAAUGUCUGGACGCGCGCGCGGACGUGGCCGUGGCCAGCAGGUGCAACAGCCGCAAGCGGGACCGAGUCACGGCAGGGAUGGCAACGGCGAUUUGGGCAGGCGCCAAGGUGCAGGCAAGGGCGUUCCCGUGUCUCAAGCCUUCUCUGCCUUCCCGCAGAUCCGCCCCGGAGCGCCUCAAGCGGCAGGACGCGCCACAGCACAUGGCGCUCAGUCUGGCGCUAUGGCCCGAUUCGCUGACGCUCCCGGCACUUCAAGUUCAUCUGCCCGCAGCGUAGAUGUUUCGCGCGGCGCACGUCGCGGGAAUCGCGCCAUUACGGACAUUGUAGUCACGCGUCCGGCGCAGCUAAACACGAAGAAGGGCGAGGCGGGUGAAGUGUUGAUGCUCGUGGCCAACUACUUUCGCGUGCUGAAGAAGCCCGAGUGGAAUGUGUAUAAGUAUCGUGUGGACUUCUCACCGGACAUCGAGUUGUUGGCCAAUAGGAAAGCGCUGAUGCGCCGCCACGUAUCGCGUCUGGGCAAUUUCCAGUUCGACGGCACGAUGAUCUUCUCACCGUACAAAUUCGCCAGCGAUCCGACAAUCAUCGUAGACAAGGACGAGCGCGAGCAGGCUGUGCAGAUCACUGUUCGCUUCGUGGGCACACUGCUGACCACGGACGGGCACUACACACAUCUGCUGAAUCUGAUUAUGAGGAAUGCUAUCGAGAGCCUUAACAUGCAGCGCGCUUAUGGACCGAAGGGCACCAAGUACUUCGAUCCCGUGCAGAAGAUCGAAAUUCCCGAGCAUGCGCUGCAAGUGUGGCCAGGAUUCGCCACGUCCAUUCGCCAGCACGAGACGGACAUCAUGAUCUGUGCAGAAGUGACACAUAAAGUCAUCCGCAUGGAGAGCUGCUACAAGGUGAUGAUGGAGAGAAGCAGGGAUAUAGAUUCCAUCAAGCAGGCGCUUAUUGGAGCUCACGUCGUGACGGAGUACAACAACUUGACCUACAGAAUCGACGAUGUGGACUUCACUCUCAGUCCGAGCAGCUCGUUCCAGAAGCAGAACGGCGACAAGAUCACGUUCAUCCAAUACUUCCGUGAGCGCUACAACUGCAACAUUCGUGACGCAAAGCAGCCGAUGCUGGUGUCGCGCGCUAAGGCUAGAGACAUCAAGGCUGGACGACCGGAGAUAGUGAAUCUCGUGCCAGAGUUGUGCCGCCUCACGGGUCUCACGGAGCAGCAGCGUGCGAACAAUAGACUGAUGCGUGACAUGGCGCAGCACACGCGCAUCGGGCCGGAUUUGCGUGUGCGUCGCUAUUUGGAUCUGAAUCGGCGCAUCCAGAAUGAGCCGCGCGCCAAGGAGACAAUGCAGAAGUGGGAAAUGGCGCUGGACAGAAAUCUGGUGGACGUUCCUGGGCGCGUGCUGCCGCGCGAGGAGAUCCGCUUCGGUGGUGAUCGCUUAGAGAUGCCGAACGAUGCGGACUGGACGGGUGCAUUGAAGAGGAAUCGCCUGUUCGAGACAGACAGACUGAGCAAUUGGCACGCCGUGUGCACGGAUCGUGACUAUAACUUGACCAUGCGCUUCGUGAGUAUGUUGAUCAGCACGGCGAACAGGGCGGGCUUCCAGAUGGCGCAGCCCAGCUACAUCCGCAUCCCGAACGACUACUCGACGUCGUACGUGAAUGCCAUCGAGAAGGCGUGCAAUGAUUCUACGCAGAUCGUCAUGUGUGUGGUGCCAAAUCAACGUGCCGAACGCUAUUCGGCCAUCAAGAAGAAGUCGUGCGUGGAGAGAGCCGUACCCACGCAAGUCAUGUGGACAAAGCCGAUGUCCAAUGAUAAGAUUCUGGGUGGCAUUGCGUCCAAAGUGAUGAUACAGAUGAACUGUAAGUUGGGCAAUGCGCCCUGGACUGUGCGUAUUCCACUCAAGGGCGUGAUGACGGUGGGCUUCGACGUGACAUUCGACACGAACGAUAAGUCCAAGUCUUAUGGCGCUUUCGUGGCCACGAUGGACUUGAAGCAGUGCAACACAUACUUCAGCGCCGUGUCACAGCAUCGCUUUGGCGAGGAGAUGAGUAACUUUCUGCUGGUGAACAUGAUGAAGGCACUGAAGCAAUUUGAGUAUAUUCACAAGGAGCCACCAAGCAGGAUCUUCUUCUAUCGCGAUGGUGUCGGCGAGGGUGACAUCUCGCACGUUAUGGAGUUCGAGGUGAAGAAGCUGGCCGCUGAUUUGAAGACAAUGUUCGGUGACAGGGCGCCGAAGUUGACCUUCAUUGUGGUGACGAAGAGGAUCAACACGCGCUUUUUCAAAAAGGGCAACGGUCACGCUGUGCAGAAUCCACCGUCUGGAACUGUGGUGGAUGACGUGAUCACGCUGCCGGAGAGAUAUGACUUCUAUCUGGUGUCGCAGAGCACGCGCACGGGCACCAUCUCGCCGGCCAGCUACAAUGUAAUCUACGACGAGAGCGGCUUGUCGGCCAACCAUAUCCAGAUGUGGACAUACAAGAUGACGCACUUGUACUACAACUGGAGUGGCAACGUGAAGGUACCGGCAGUGUGCCAGUACGCGCAGAAGCUGGCGCUGCUCGUGGGUCAGCACAUCCACCGCGAGCCGAGCAAUCUGCUCGAGCGCCAGCUCUUUUUCCUUUAAUUUCUCUAAAUACUUUAAUAACCGCCGAUAUGGCUCUGAUGUCUAGACGACGUAAGUGAAUUAUACUUGAAAUUACACGUGUGAAUUAUAAA